AUCACCUGACUAUCUACCUGGCAUCGGCUUAUUAAGAACAGAUGAUGAUGAUAGAUGAGGAUGAAGCGGAGGCUCAUCAGGUGGAUAUGGAGUCGGAUUUGGACAGCAGACCUCGCUCAUGCAGCUGGACGAACGACUUCUCGUGUGAGGUGAACGCGGAUCUGUCGCUUAAUCUCUCCAUGUUUAAAGUAGAUUCGGAUCAUGUUCCAUCACCAGCGUGCAGGAGGAGGAGGAUGAUGCUGGAUGCCGGAGGAUUUCACGACUUAACGGGAGCUGCGCUGCGCAAAACCAAGGCAUCCUCCCGACGGAACGCGUGGGGAAACCAGUCCUACGCGGAGCUCAUCACCCGAGCCAUCGAGAGCACACCCGAGAAAAGACUUACCCUGUCUCAGAUCUACGACUGGAUGGUCCGAUAUGUGCCCUAUUUUAAAGAUAAAGGACACAGCAACAGCUCUGCCGGAUGGAAGAACUCCAUCCGCCACAAUUUGUCCCUGCACACGCGUUUCAUCCGUGUGCAGAACGAGGGAACUGGCAAGAGUUCGUGGUGGAUGUUGAAUCCUGAUGGAGGGAAGCCAGGGAAAGCUCUUCGCCGUAGAGCUGUCUCAGUGGACAAUGGCACCAAGCACUUGAAGAGCAAAGGGCGAGUGAACCGUAAAAAAAUAGCUAUGAAAGCAGAGCAGGGUACAGAGACAUUGUUGGGGUUCUGUAGCUCUCCAGAGCAUUGCAGUCCCACUAGGAAGUCUGGAACAGGUGGUGUGGUGGUUAGGGAGGAGUUUGAGACCUGGACGGAUCUCCAUUCAUUUGGCAGCUCUUCAGCUUCAACUCUUAGUGGUCGUCUAUCACCUAUACUAGCCGAGGGGGAGUUGGGGGAACCUGAAGUGGAGAGAAUUUCCUGUUCGGCAUCUCCACACCUGUACCCCAGUCCCUCCAGUGCCCACUCACCUGCUUCCCACUGUCCUGCAGAUCUCAGAGCAACAAUUAACUACCAGCAGCACCAAUCCCCAUGUCAUAAACAGCCAUCUUACCAAUACACCAGUGACAUGAAGGGGCAGGACUCCAGCUGCGAAACAGUUUAUGGCCAGCCAGAUGUUGGCCUGCUUCAGCACCACUCCUCCAUGCAGACUAUAGAGGAGAACUCCAGUAGUAUGCAGGCCUACAAGGGCACAAGCACUCUCCAGAGUUUACUGACCAUAGGAGGACCCCAGUUCUGUGUCAAGGACAUGAUACUUGGAAAAGAGAAUGUGGUCCACUCAAUGAUGGUUGCUCAAGGAUCCAGAGAUCUGCAUCACAGUGAGAAUAAUGACCCUACCACUAACCCUUCCUCCAAACCAAUUCACGGCCACAACAUUAUUCGGAACUUGAGCCAGGACCAUCAGCCUGCAUUGGUCCACUCUCAGCCCAGUGAUGGACACAUGCAGUCAUACAUAAAUAAAGCCCCUUAUCUAUAUAGUUCCCCAGUCAAUGUACAUCUUCCAGCAUCCUCCAUGCUUCCCCCAAACCCUGCAGGCAUGCAGGGAAUCUCACAGGACACCUGCCACCUUGCUACAGCUCCAUACCCACAACACCAUCCUUACAUUUACACAGAUCCACAUCAGCACAGUAUGGCAUAUGGACUGUACCGCCAACCUCAGGGUACGGGGACAGGUUACCACCACAACUUCCACCACCAUCACCAGCUCUACCCACAUGAGCGGUUGCCAGCAGACCUGGAUAUGGAUGUAUUCUACAGCAGCCUGGACUGUGACAUGGAGUCUAUACUCUUACAUGACAUUAUGGACUCGGGAGAAGAGAUCGACUUCAAUUUUGAUUCCUCGCUGACACAAGGAAUGGGCAUGAGUUUUGGGUUUACGAGCACACAGCAGAGCCACAGCAAACAGAGCUGGGUGCCUGGAUAAAUGCCAUAGAAUCAUCAAAGAGUUUUUUCUCAAGACAUAACAACCUACAUGCCAGCCAGCAGUGGGGUCCCAACA